AUGGCACAAGAGAUCAGAAAUGAAUAUGCCAGACAAAGUUACAUAGGAAUCAGGCAAAGAAAAUGGGGAAAAUGGGUGUCUGAAAUUCGUGAGCCAGGCAAGAAAAGCAGGAUAUGGUUAGGAAGCUAUGAAGCACCGGAGUUGGCCGCCGCGGCCUACGACGUAGCUGCUUUGCACCUAAAAGGUUCAAGAGCUCGCCUCAAUUUCCCUGAAUUGGAGGAGAAUUUUCCUAAACCAGCAAGUUCGAGUGCUGAACAUAUUCAAAUGGCUGCUCAGGAGGCUGCAAUGUGGUUUAAGAGGCAAAUUCAGGGACAGGAGGUGAAUGAAUGUGGUGGUGAUUAUGCUAAAAGUGGCUUAGUUCCGGCGAGGGUGGGGUUGUCCUCUAGCCAAAUUGAAGCUCUAUAUGAAUCACCAUUGGACUCACCCAAGAUGUGGAUGGAAUUAACAGGGGCUUUCUUUUCAGCUGAACCUAUGGUUUUCUACGGACAAGAAGAGUUUGAGCAUAGUGAAGAAUUCAUGCUUACUGAUUCUAAGUGUGAUGUUUGCAAGGAACCAUUUUGGAGACUUGCCUCGCAUUCUCUUCUAUUUUCCAGUGUUACUGGUUCUAAGCAGAGGAUUGUGGAUUCUCUCCCAAUGGUUAGUUUUGCACUUCAUCAUCUAUCUGCUUUUCAGGAAGCUAAUGAUCAUUCUUUGCCGCUGCUCGCCAUGCCUGUUCCAUAUCUUGGUCUUUGCCUCCUCAUUCCCAUUACACGUCAGUUCAUAGCUGGCUUAUCAAAAAGAUUUGAUUUCUUAACCUUAGAAGAGCUCUUGCAGCAAGGGAAGCGGUAUCACUGA